AUGGACAGCAUUUCCUCAUCAAAUAAUGAUAUAAAUUCAGAGGAAGAGAAUGGAUUUAUUGGUUUCGAAAAUGGGAAUACCCAAAUUUGUAAAGAAGGAACAAUAAAUGAAUCAUGUGAAACUCAAAAUAAUAAAACAUAUAGAUGUGCAUAUUGUAGCAGAAAAGUGGAAGAUGUCCUGAUAUGCUCAUGCAAACAUUUAAUGUGUCUAAUAUGCGCAAGUUUGCAACUACAAGAGAAAUAUAAUAAAUUUAUGAAAGCAUGUUCUAGUGCAAAAAUUAUAGAAGAAAAAAAUGUAAACUAUAAAAUAAAUGAAAGUUUUAGAAAUUGCAUAGAUAUAAUAGAUAAAAUGAAUGAUGAUAAAAUCGAAGAUGUAUUAAAAAAGGAAAAAAUAGGUUAUGUUACAUGCAAUAUAUGUAAUAUUAAAAAUAAGCUUACGAUAGAUACUCUUGAACUUUUGACAAAAGUUGGAUUAUUUUCACCUGAUGUUUUAAAUAUUCAUACAUUUUAUUUUAAUUUAAUUGGAAAUAAUAAUAAUAAAAAAAUAAAAGGAUUGACAGAAAGUUAUGUUAAACAAUUAAGUUUAGAAUAUGAAGAAUCAUAUAAUAAUGAUUUAUCAAAUAGUAAAAUAUUAAAAAAUGAUAAAUCAAAACAUUUACCAGUUUCAAAUAAUAAAUAUAAUUAUCUCGAAGAAUAUACAGAUGACCUUGAUAGAUAUUCAUAUAUAUGUAAUAUAUGCUCAUUUAAUGAAGCAAUAAUAUAUUGUAAUGAUUGCAUUGAAUAUUUGUGUGAAAAUUGUUGUAAAAAUAUUCAUGAAAUAAAUACACCAAAUGGUAUUAAUAGAAAAACCACCCCUCAUGAUUAUUAUAAAAUAGAUAAAAAAACUAUAAAUCUUAAAAAAUUAGUAAAGCCACCAAAAAUGUUUUUAAAUAUAACAAAAGAAGACAUUGAAAUUAUUGAUAAUACAGAUCGAGAUAGUUUUGAUGGGUAUUUUUCAGAAAAUGGUGAAAAUAAGAAAAAUACGAAGACAAAAAAUUUUAAAGUGGAUGGGGGUGAUGAUUCUGAUUUUGAUAAUUAUGAUGAGAAAUAUUUCUAUGAAAAGCAGAAAAAAAUGAUGGAAAAACAAAACAAAAAAAAUAAUAAUAUAAAACUUUCACAUAAACUAAAUAAUUUAGUGGAAAAUAUGAAAAAUGAAAGUAGUUAUGACAGUGAGCAUUCAACAUUAGAUGGGACACUUGGAUCUAUUAGUGACAUAGGUGCAAAUCUUUUAAAGAAAAAAAAGAAAAAAGGAAAUAGACACAUACACAAAAAAAAUAUCCAUAGAUCCAACAUAAAAUAUGGCGACCAUUUAAAUGGAGAAACAAAAAUGUUGGAAAAAGGAAAAAAAAAUAAAAUAGGGAAUAUGAACAAAGAAGAAAGUAUAUUUGUAUUUUCAAAUGAUGAAAUGUCUUCUCGAGUUGAUAUUAGUUCUAAUGAAAGUUCCAUAAAUUCGUGUGAUAGUUAUGAUGGAGAAAUAUUUGGUAAUAAAAGCAUUACAAGUAUUGAAAAUAUAAGAUGUAAUCAUCAUUAUAAUUAUCCUAUACAAUAUUUUUGUCAUACUUGUUGUACUAAAUGCUUUUGCUCAGAAUGUGCUAUUAAUGGCAUACACACUCCUCAAUGUAAUAUAGAAAAUAUAAAUGCAGCUUUUAUAACAGUUUUAAAUAAUUAUUUAAUUCAAUGGAAUGAAAUUAUUAAUGAAUUAAUGAAUGAUUUAGAAGUAAAUUUUUAUGAAUCCCUUGAAGAUACUAGAAAUGAUUGGUCUUCAGUGUUAAGCGAAUGUUAUUAUAAUAUAAGCAGUAAAAUAAAUUAUAUAAUUAAUAACAUGCAUAAAAUGGAAAAGGAUAUAUUUAAUCAACUUGAUACAUAUAUGGAAAUUUUCAAAAAAGACAAUUUAGACUAUGUUGAAUUAUUAAGUGCCAAAUAUGAUGAUAUUGAAAAUACUAUAAGCAUAAUCAGAGCGAAUAAAUUUCAAAAAAACCCAAUUGAUUUAAUUAAAUUUUAUAAUAAUAAUAUUAAUAUAAUAGACAGAACUCUUAUGUUAAAUAAAGAUUUUAAACCUAUAGAAGAUUUAUCAAAAAUACGAGAAAGUAAAAUUUUUUAUAUGGAUUUAUAUACUUCUCAAAUAAUUAGUUACCUUAAGCAUUUACAAGUUUUUUUAUCCUCAAACUUUUUAGCCCCACCUAUUAAAUAA